GUGAGGUUGGUUUAGUGGCUGAGUUAGGAAUAUAAACGACCCGUUGCAUAAAAUGCGUGUUUGAUUCCUGCAAUCGUAAGCAUUGUUCAUACUUCUCUUCUAUCUGACGAAUACAGUCUACUUGAGGGAUACUUCUUUUGAGACAACCAUCAUUGUAUAUCAAACUUCAAUAAAUAUAAAUACUGAAGUUCAAAGCGAGUCUCAUCCGAAUUUAUGGGAUUUGCAGAGGACUUUAAUCCAAAUGAGCUGGAUGAGUACUGUUUUGACCAGAAUUUCUCUUUUAAAGAAUCAUUUACGUACUUUCACUAUGAGAGCAUCUAUCAUGGCCACAACAGAAAAAGCGACUUUUGCUGCUGGUUGUUUCUGGGGUGUCGAGCACAUCUAUAAGAAGCAUUUUGGACAAUAUGGCAUCAAAACAAAAGUAGGAUAUACAGGUGGCAAUACCGUAAACCCUAAAUAUAGAGAGGUUUGUUCAGGAGGUACACAUCAUGCAGAAGCUUUAGAAAUAGAUUUUGACCCACAAAAGGUUCCGUAUGAGGCUCUGGUAGAAUUCUUCUAUAAAAUGCAUGACCCUACUACUAUAAAUGCACAAGGACCUGAUGUUGGUACUCAAUACAGAUCAGCUAUAUUUUAUCAUUCGCCCGAACAGAGAGCUAUCGCUGAAGAAGUGACAAAAGAUGUGCAAGAAAAGCAUUACAAAGGCAAGAAAAUCAUAACGCAAAUUGUACCAGCAGAUGUAUUUUAUGAUGCAGAGACUUAUCAUCAGAUGUACUUAGAAAAGAACCCUAAUGGAUACGAGUGUCCUACACAUUACUUGCGCUGGUAGACUUUUUCUUCAUCGGGGCAGCUAGAAAUUAUGCAGAAAAAAUUAUUCAGAAAUAAAAAAAGCUUUCCUUCGUCUCUUUUUCGCUGCAAGUUGAAGCUGCCAAAUAUAAGCAGAAAUGAGAACUAUUUCCCUUGUGAAAAGACUAAAAUGGUCUUUCUCAGGAAAUAUGAACCCUCAUGCGCUUGUCAUUGGUGAUGUAGACGAUGACAAU